CAAUGAGCAAACCUUCCAAUACGACUCACUCAACCCAAGUGUUGAGUACAAAUUGCCCGUGUUGCGUGAUUGCCGAGACGCACUCAAACCAUACGAUCAUUUGAUCCAGGAAAAACUGCGUCAGGCCCGAGAACAAACCAAUCAAUACACACAAGUCGGAGCACAACAGUCCGUUGAGCCUUUCUCUUUCUCUACACAGAAUUAAGACGAAUCGAACCACCGAACGAUCAUUACCGCGAAUUCCUUUGGAAUUUUAAUUGAUUGUACCAUUGUUACAAUACAAUUGUCCUGAAUAUUUAUGUCUUGGCCAACAACUUGAGACUUCCCCCGCCCACUUCGCACCACUAAACCUCACGAUGUCUUCAAUAAUCUCUCUCCGCGGGCUUUUUGCCCGCCAGCCUGCUUCUACGUCGCAAACGACCCGUCUUUUCUCUACCACAACGAAUAUGCUUGCUCGCACACCUCCCAAGGCAGCACCGAAGAACCCCAAUGCCGGCAAGGUCCCUCCCCGCCGAAAGCACGCAGCUCCUAAAUCCGAAAACUUCUACCGCAUCCGCACGCUGCGCCAAAACAUGUUCUCUCCCGCUCCCCCUCCUCUACGAAUGGCCCGUCUUCGAUACCUCCGCCACUGGACCAUCCACCGCGCUUGGCAACUCUUCCGUCGACAGCAGCAUCUAGCAACUGAGCAGGAACGCUCCCGCAUCUUCAGCGGCAUGUACAAUGCUUGUGAAGAGCUGCGCAAAACAGUUGGCCCUGGAAACAGAGACGAGGGCUACCUGUACCGUGUUGCUAUGGAAAAGAAGGGUGUUUGGGGUCUUGACGCAAUUCCCAUUGAGUAUGCUCGUUACCAAACAGACCACCCAGCUAAGAACGCUUGGAACCAUGAGUGGAAGAGGAACAACGAUUAAAGCUUGUUUACUGUUUCGACCGGGGGAAAAAAAAUUGUUUUUAAUAGAACGUGUACUGUAUGUAUGAUAAGGCAGCUUCCAGAUGACAGGAAUUAGAAAGCCAAUGUUUACGAUUCUUAAUUGAGUCCAUCCGAGGGAAGGCAAGAUACCACUUGAGGUCACUCAAUCCUUUCAAAGACGUCGUGAAAGAUAGCUCUUAGUUAUGUAUGAACCACAUUAGAUGCAAAGAUCAUCACUCUCAU